UCACUCAUUGAGUCAUCUCAGGAUUAUAGGCGUAUUCACCAGUGGCUUGCCCAGGUCUUACCUCUAUAUUUCACUCCUCUCAAGCCUGCAUUCCAGCUCACCCUACCCGUAAUACAUCCCUUUACCAUGGCAACAGACGUAGCCCUCGAAACCUCCAUGGGCACCAUUGUCGUAGAGCUGUACAACCACCACGCACCCAAGACGUGCCAGAACUUCUCCACACUCGCCUCGCGCGGCUACUACGACGGCACCACCUUCCACCGCAUCAUCAAGGACUUCAUGAUCCAGGGCGGCGAUCCGACCGGCACAGGCCGCGGCGGAAGCAGCAUCUACGGGGACAGAUUUGAGGACGAGAUCCGCGAUGAUCUGAAGCACACGGGCGCCGGGAUUCUGAGCAUGGCCAACGCGGGGCCCAACACCAACGGCUCGCAGUUCUUCAUCACGCUGGCGCCCACCCCAUGGUUGGACGGCAAGCACACCAUCUUUGGGCGGGUCAAGAAGGGCAUCAGGGUGGUGCAGCGAAUGGGCUUGGUGCCGACAGAUGCAGAGGACAGGCCCAAGACCGAGGUGAGGAUCAACAAGUCUUAUGUUGUCACCGGGGAAGACGAGGUUUAGUACAGGGGAUAGUUCAGGGCAGUGUUGGAUAAUGUGUCAUUCCAUCGUACAGGCGCAGAGCGAGACUGUGCGUGUUCAUCUUGAUUUGCCUGAUCGAGCCUGUAUGUUUUCGAGGUCUCUCUGAGAAGAUAUAAUACAGAAAUGAGCAGCCGAUUGCUCUGCUCCGCGGCAUCAAGCAAAAUCUGCUCUUGGGAGGAACUGUCCCUGU